ACCGACCAUCUAAAUGGCGUCGAUCUCAUUCAAGAAUCGCCAGUGGCGGCUGAGCGCUCUACAAAAGCGGGUACACGCCACGCACUGCUAUAUAUACAACGCCAGUUUGACCAAACCACCCCUGCCCGCACCGUGCUACAGCCAUGGCCCUGGUGGACGAAGGAUUCCGGUACAUGUCCUCCCUCGCCGACCCCCGGGUCCAGGGUUGGCCAUUGGUCGAUAGUCCUGUCACCGUGGUUAGCAUCGUGGCUGUGUACAUCGCGUUCGUAACUACGGUGGGGCCACACUGGAUGCGGGACCGCAAGCCCUACAGCCUGAAACCCUUGAUUAUGGCGUACAACUUGGCCAACGUCCUGGCUAGCGCUUACUUCGCCGUCCAGUUCUUCCGGCACACUUACCUAGGGGGUGGCUACAGCUGGGCCUGCCAGCCGGUGGACUACUCUGACAGCCCCAAUGCUGUGGCCCUCACCAACCUCGCGUGGUGGUACCUGAUGCUCAAGAUCGCUGACCUGUUGGACACCGUCUUCUUUGUGCUCACCAAAAAGCAAGGUCACGUGACUGUGUUGCACGUUGCGCAUCAUGCUAUGGUUGUGGGCACCGUGUGGCUGGUGCUGAAGUACGCCUGUGGAGGCAACAAUAUUAUGACAGCGGCCGUAAACAGCUGCGUGCACGUGAUCAUGUACGGCUAUUACUUCCUCUCUCUCAUGGGUCCCUCGGUGCAGAAGUAUCUUUGGUGGAAGCGCUACAUCACCCAAAUACAGCUCAUCCAGUUCGUCGGUCUCGUAGCGCAUGCCAUCUUGCCCUUGAUCGUGCGAUGUGGCUUUCCCGUUUUCUUCAGCUAUCUGUGCAUCGGCGAGUGCGUUUUCUUUUUCCUCAUGUUCUUCCGGUUCUACCGCAAGAGUUACAAGAAACUAGUCAAGGACUGUUAGUGCCAAGUCAUCGCAUACUAGAAUCACUUCAGCAGGGACUAUUGCCAAUCAGACGGCGCAGCAGGCUGUUUCCUGGCAUGAUCGGGUGAGCGUGCAAUUCGCAAGCAUCGCGGGAACAUCAGCUCGACGUACAUUUUCUUGGACUUCUUGAGCGUUUCAUCGGACAAAUCAUGGUGACGAGCGCACUCGCGAGUAUGCCUCACUUUUUCGCUAGUGUCACAGCUCACAAUGCUCGCGCUGCGCAGCUAUGCACAACACUUAUCCAUGACGGAGAGUGAAUGUGGAAAGGACAUGUCAAACCCGAGUACUCUUGACAACUGUACGCAGUACAGGUGCCAUCAACAUCGACGGGAUCGUUCGUCUUCGCAUCGAAGGUUGCAGCGUGCACGCACACAUACUCCCUGACUUUUUGUAUAUACUACGACUACAACUCGCAAGAUAAGCGUGCCAGGCCGUGAAAGCAAGAGGCGGUGGCUGAAAGGCGUAUUGCACAUACGACGUGCCAGGCUGAGGAAGCAGCGUAGGCGAGGUUUUUUUUUUCUUUCCUAUUAUCGUUUGCCGAUUUUUAUGCUCUCUCUAUUUUCUCAUUGGCGUGAUCCGCGUCCUCAUUUCGGUCUCGCUUCGCAGGCGGCCUCCCGUUGUUAGCUUUCAUUGCCACUGUCACAGCUUCGUCGGCGCGGACAGGCAGGAUUGUGCCUUCCUGCACUUUCAGCACGCCCUUUCCUCUUCCUCCAGGCGCUUUGUGCCAAUAGGUGCUGCCGUCGUCAUAGGAGCCAUUUGCGUAAAGGUCAAGCUGUCCUUAUGCCGAUUGCAAUAGUAAGUUGACUCACGGUCCCAGGAGAGAAAAACAAGAAUAACACCGACGUCUCCGGAAGACACAGUCUCUAAGACACGCUGAACGACCCCGCUGAAUGAGGUCGCGAGUGACACCCUUUCUACUGUGGAGAGAUUCGUAUCGGCACUGAUCAGGAGAAAAGGUCGAGCGGUCAUAGACGAUUCUCUUCUCCUCGCGAGUGUAUCUGCCGUUCUCCAAAACAAUGCGAGGUCAAUCAACAGCAAUUGGGUGCCAUAGUGCAUCCAUUCAGUACAGGGAAACUACGGAGAGCCAUAUCCAGGACUGGCAUUUUUUUUUCCUCGUGUGUCCACAUUGGAAAUCAAGUAAGCUUCCUCUGUGGACCACAGUGUAAGUUUCAAUACUAGUGCGAAAAGCAGAAAGCAGGGACAUGGUGGCGACGAAUUCCUAUUUGAGGGGUUGGUUAAAUGAAUGGCGUAAAUUGGAUUGGCUUAGCUCAAUGAUUUCCCGCAAGACAGCGACGAAUGAAAGUUGCUUUUGAAUCGAACAGUCGAUGAAUAGACAACCCACAGUUUCCUAAAGGUAACCAGCACUUUCGACAUUGCAGCCAUAUGAUGAUAAAACCUUCAAAUGGUGUAGCGAACUGUCUUCUUUCCGAGAGCAAACUGAGCAUUGGGAUGAGAGAGCCGGUUUAGUACUGGUCACGUCGUACUCCCGCACCAAGCCGUGCUCUGAAAAUUCCGCUCAGGCUCCAUGUGAUAUUUUUUUGACCAGGUUCGUCAACCCUGAACUUAUACGAACGUACCUCGAAUGCUCACUUCGAGCUGCUCUGGAUACGAACGCUUGUAUUUUUAGUCUUCGCUUGUGUUUUAAAGCAGUCUCUCGCAAGGCCCGAUUCGAGCAAUGUAACCGGGACUCGAGAGAGACUCACGUCCCAUCACUCAUCGAAAGUUCACUCCCAUCGGUGAUCCAGCCGCAGGUAUUGUCAAGUCCUGUGGUUGUGGAGAACGACUACAUUCAAGAAGCGAGCUCACCACAUUCCAUCCGUUCUUGCUCGUAUCGAAUGUUUUUAUUCCUGUAAUUAUUUAUUUUCGAUAUUGAGCUUACUCGUCCUAUCAUUUGUACAUAGAGCGCAACUGACUUUCUAUUGUUGAAUGUAUUGAACUAUGAGAGAAUGGUAUUACCCUUGUUCGUGUUUUUUUAUCAUGAAGCAUAUUGACGUGAAGAAUUAAAGGAACGUUGAUUAUACG